UUACUCAAUAAAUAUUCAUCUUUCCAAACCUCACCCACUGCUUCAUCUUCCCAAAUUCACAAUUUUAGAGAGAGAGAAGAAAAAAUGGAUGAAGACGGAGCUUCAGAAAAAUGGUACCAAGGCCUAAGAGGCUACUGGAAAAGAAAUAACUACGAGAAGCUUAAUGGGUCGUCGCGACGCCGGAGGAGGUUGGCCCAGGUCGAGCUCGGUUCGACCCGGAACACCCGCCGGCGCUUCUGGCGGAUCAAGAUCUCACCCAAGUUCCGAUUUUUACGAAAAAUUCCGUCGCCGAAGAAACUACUUCUCCGCCUCCGUGACGCCUAUGUCAAUAUGAUGCUCGGAUUUGCCAAUUCCCGAGUUUUCACCACCAGCUACGGCGGAGGCGCUGCCGUGUGCGAUGGCAUUCCCGGUUUCGGACAACGGCCGGCGAAGGAAUACGACGAGAAGAUGAUUCUCGAGAUCUAUAAAUCUAUUGUGGCGAAGCAGCGGGAGAUGACCCACCGCCCUGCCGUGGCCGGAUCGGUGCCGGCAACCGCUCAAUUUAGGUGAAAAAGAUAUGUUCUAAUCCGGAAGGGUUUUGGGUGUUUUUUUUUUUUCCCUUUCAAUUUUAGUGUUUGUUAUUUUAAUAAUAAUAAUAAUAAUAAUAAUAAUAAUAUAUUUUUCAAUGAUA